AUGUUGUGUUCGAAAGACACGAUUGCGUACAGUCAUCGGACAUCCGAUAAUUUCGAAUUACCACCGAUCCUACCAACACCAUCAUCUUUUCAUAUGGAAGGGCAGAAUACAAGAUCAACAACAGAUUGUGAGACCACACCGUGGUACCACAGGUGGUCUUGGAGCAACCCAUCAAAUCCUUGCAGUGGAUUUGACAUUGCAACUGACGAAACCGCUCGUUUAAUCCCGCCGCCUUACGUCGUCAAUUUUCUUCAAAACACCGACAGCAAUCAAAAUUAUCGCACGUGCAGAUGGGAGCAAUAUUCUCAGCAAGAUGCAGCAGAUUGUCAUCUGAUAAUCGAGCAACUGAAUGGAAAGGAAGACGAGAAGCCUUUGAGCAAACCUGAAGAUUUAUUAUUCGAAAAUAAUCAAAAUCGCCGUGUGACGACAAACACGGGGACAAUGUUUCGCACUUGGGACAUGCCUCAUUUGCAGAAUAUAGACCUCGAGAGCAAAUAUCAAUCUUGGCAGGAUUUGCAACAUAAUGAGAAUCAUGCGAAUUCGUUGUUUGGAGAAAAUACACGUUCACAUCAACGAGAACGAGAAACAACGAAAAGAACAAGCGAUAAGCCGCGGAAAGAAAGAACUGCUUUUACAAAGCAACAGGUCAGACAUCUUGAAUGCGAAUUCGCACAUAGUAAUUAUUUGACACGUUUGCGCCGCUAUGAAAUUGCUGUAGCAUUGGAUUUAACGGAACGUCAGGUGAAAGUGUGGUUUCAGAAUAGACGUAUGAAAUGGAAACGGACGAAAGGAAACACGACAAACGUACAGGAAGCAACCACUGUAUCGUGACAUAUAUUUCUCGAAUUCGUUAUUCAAUAUAUUUAGAUUUCAAUUGUACGUAAUUUAUAUUUGUGAUGAUUGUGGCGUAAAGAAUUGCGUGUUUACUCUUUGUACCAAAGAUUCGAGUUUAUAUUCAUUCAGAAGACAUAACGGAUUUUAUUUGAGCCAAUAUCUCUUAGAAAGUAAUGGAUGCUUUCCAAUUGCAAUAUCCCUAGAUACUUUCGUGCACACAAGUUGCGUUCCAAUUGUCCGUUAUCGUCGACACAACACUACACAUCUGUACUUAGUCGAGGUUUGUAUAAGCUUGUGUUUUCUAGUGACAAUUACAUGUUACUAACUGCAGCGGUUAAAUAAAUGAGGUUGGAAGACGUUGAGUGGCCGGCACUUUUACUUUUUUUUGUUUAAUACUGGCGGAAAAAGCUCAUUUAAUUUAUCCGAAACGGAUCUCAACCGUGCACAGCGUACAUAUUCUGUUACAAUUGAAUCGGACAUGUUACACUUUGUACAUUCCUGUAUACGUUUCUGUUAAGAUGUGUUAAGCAAUUGGAAAACACCCAAUGAUAAACUAUCGAUAGUAUCUUUAUCAUAUCAAUCUCUUCUGCCAAACCAUUCAAAUCGCGGUGUUAAAACUGUAGGUCUCAUACAUAUGUAGAAGAGGUCGUCACGUUUCUGACAAUUAAGAAACUACAGAUUUGUUUUCGGAGAAAAAAUAAUUU